GGCUCAUCAACGCGGUGACGUCACAGCGUGUCAGUGCGGCUCGCGGAGCAGUGAGACAGGAUGCUGUCUGUCUGCCUGCUGUCGGUGUGUCUGUUCACCGGACACUCGGCAUUCAGCUCGAGUCUGAUCCAGGAUCAGCUUAAUGGGACUUUGAAUGAAACUCUGCAGGAUCAGUUUUUCUCUGGAUACUUUGGAUUCAAAAACCUGUCUGGGGUGCGGUGCUUCAGUCCAGAACAGGAGCUGGAGUCCAGGAUCAUCGGGGGUCAGGAGGCCUGGGCCAACUCGUGGCCCUGGCAGGUUUCCCUUCGGUUCGCCUCCACGCCGGCCUGCGGAGGAGCCAUCAUCGGCCCCACGUGGGUCGUCACUGCUGCUCACUGCUUUAAAAGGUACAAUAAAGCUUCUUUCUGGACGGUUCUGGCUGGAAAACACGACCUGGAUAAUCCUCACGAACCCAGACAGCAACUAGUUGGAGUCUCCGUGAUCACCAACCAUCCCGGCUACAACACUCGGACCAAAGAUUGCGACUUGGCUCUGCUGAGGCUGCAGCAGCCGCUGGUCUUCAACCAGUUCGUCAGGCCCAUCGACUUCUGGAUGGCUCCGCUGACCCCCUUCAGGAAGUGCACCGUCACGGGGUGGGGGUCCACCCAAGAGAAUGGCGCUCGAGUCAACCGGCUGCAGGAGGUGAACGUGACCAUCCUGCCCCCUAAAGCCUGUGACCAGUACUACCACGGGAGAAUGCAACCCUCCAUGUUCUGUGCUGGGAAGGACACAGGAGGAGUGGACGCCUGCCAGGGGGAUUCUGGAGGUCCUUUGACUUGCUUCACCGGCAGCAGGUAUGAGUUGGCAGGUUUGGUGAGUUGGGGGGUCGGUUGUGGGCGGGCAAGAAGACCAGGAGUCUACACCAAAAUCCAACAACACACUCGGUGGAUCUCCGACAUCAUAAAUCAGGACAUCAUGUAUGCAGAGGACAUCAGGACUGAAGAGAACAGGUGUGGUAAGAAGCAGCGCUCCAGCUGUGAGACGGUUCCAGGCCUCGCUGCGGUCUCGGUUUCCCAGACUGGAGCCGUGUCUGUGGGGAACAUGACGGAGUCCUGCCCCUUCUUCUGGCCCUGGCAGGUCAGCCUGCAGGCCGACGGACGCCACUACUGCAGUGGAGCCCUGAUACACAACCGCUGGGUCCUCACUGCACAGCACUGCAAAGUCAGAGCUAAAGAGGACAUGGUGGUUCUGGGAGUUCAUGACCUCGGGUUCUCUCCAUCUGAAAGCAUCCUGGUGGACGAGGUCUUCAACCUGCCACAGGAUGGCAGCUACCCCCCCAACACGGACCUGUCGCUGGUCCGCCUCAGCGUCCCGGCCAGAUUCAAUUCUGACGUGUCUGCAGUGUGCGUCCCUGAUGAGGAAGAGGACGAGGACCUGGACAGCAGCUGGUCUUGUGUGACGGCGGGCUGGGGAGUCUCGAGAGCAACAGUGGACAUCGAUCCAGAUCGGCUGCACCACGUCGGCCUGACUCUGGUGAACCAGACCACCUGCAGGGAGAAGUGGGGGGGUCUCGUCACCGACUCCCACAUCUGUUCCCAUCCUGCAGGCUCCAUCUCCUGCAUGGGCGACUCUGGCGCUCCGCUGCUGUGCAGGAAGCGUGGCUCCUACUUCCUGUUUGGCGUGGUGACGUGGGGCAGCCGGCGCUGUGACGCAGACAAGCCGGCCGUCUUCUCUAGGAUCUCUGACUACCUGUGGUGGAUCACGGAGGUCACCGGAGACUAA